CUGGGAGAUGGCCUUUACAUUCACCGGUCUCAAGCUGCAAGGGUCACUGGGGCGAUUUGGCAAAACAUCCACUAGCGACAUAGAGGGUUACAUUGAGCUUCCUGAUGGGAAGGUACUCUCAGGAUCAGAGUGGGGCAACCUGCUGCUUUGGGAAGGCAGCCUCAUCAAGGUGGAGCUCUGUCGAACUGGCAUGAAGUCUUGUCACCAAGGUCCCAUUAACCAGAUAAUGCUGGAUGAGGGGGAAGUCAUUACCGCUGGGUCAGAUGGCUGUGUCAGGAUAUGGGACUUUGAGACAAUAGACACUGCUGAUACUAUAGAUGACACUGGAUUGUUGGAGAUAGAGCCGAUUAAUGAACUUCAAGUAGACAAGAAUGUCAACCUCUUCUCAAUGAUAAAGAUGGAUGAAAUUGGAAAUAAUUUUUGGCUGGCUCAGGAUGCCAGUGGAGCCAUAUGGAAGCUUGACCUUAGCUUUUCAAAUAUUACCCAGGACCCAGAAUGCCUCUUCUCUUUCCAUUCUGGGGCCAUCGAAGCCUUGGCUGUUUCUCCUCUCACUUAUCUCAUGGCUACAACUGCCUUGGACUGUUUUGUUCGUUUCUACGAUUUUGCUAGCAAGACUCCUUUGAUUCAAAUGAAAUUCAAACAGGGAGGUACUUCCCUCACUUGGGUACCCCGAACAGUAAGCUACGGUGGUGCACAGAUUGUCAUAGGAUUCCAAGAUGGUGUUGUGCGGAUUCUUGAACUUUAUGAUCCAAAAGGAAUUACACUUUUUGCAGGACGGAAGAAAGUCUUAGACGCUGAGUUACAUAUGAAAUAUGUCUUCAAACCCCAUACUGCUGAAGUCACGGCUUUAGCUUAUGAACGUGAUGGGGAGAUUCUAGCCACCGGGAGUAAAGAUAAUACUGUCUUCUUAUUUGAAGUGGAAAAAGAUUACAAGCCAAUCGGUUAUUUUAACACUCCCGGGCCCGUUUGCCAGUUGAUGUGGUCUCCGGCCAGUCAUCCUGAAAGCACCUUGAUGACUCUGUGUGAGAAUGGCUAUAUUCUUGAAUCUCUAAUUCCAACUAUUAAGGAUGUAGAUGAUCAUGAUGUCGUCUCCUAUGAAAUCCAAGACAUCGUUCUCAGAUGUUUCCAUUUCUCCAGCGUCAAAUCUAAGAUUCUGAGAUUAAAGGAAAUUGAAAGGAGAGAAAAAAUAAAGGAGUUGAAGGAGAAGGAAAGGGAAGCCAAGAGGAGGAAGCUAGCGGAACUAAGAGAAGCAUUUGGAGAAGAGGAAUUGGUGGAGGAGGAGGAGAGCGAUGAGGAGGAAGAGGAGGAAGAGGAGCCGCUGCCUCCCAUCUUCACCCCACCAAUCCCCUCUCCUAUCCUCUGUGGCUUUUACUCAGAGCCCGGGAAGUUCUGGGUGUCGUUAGGCAACUAUGAUGCUGGUUUUCUCUAUCACUGUCAGUUCCCCCCCUUUUUCAGUGACAGUGAUUUCCAAAACCAGGCAGAUGAACCAUUCGAUUUCCGCUUUCUUGAGGAUACAGAGGACAACCCCAUCCAAACAUUCGCUUUCAGUUCUAACCAGACUAUGAUGUUCUGCGGCAUGAGAAAUGGAGGAAUUCGAGUGUAUAUCCUAAGUGAGAGUGACCCCUCACUGACUAGUCUGAAGGACUACUGGCAUUUCAAUGUGCACGACAAUAAUUACGGAUGUGUAAAAGGCAUCUCUGCUAGUUUUGACGACCAGUACUUGGUGACUGCUGGGGCAGAUGGCAAUAUCUUUGUCUUCAGCGUGAUUUCUCAAGUUGUGGCCGAGAAAGAAGCCAAAGCCAAAGUGCCAUCUCCCAGGUUUGGGAUUGAAUCAGAGCCCAUUCCAGAAGACAUUGAAGAUCCCAAAGCCUACAGUAUUGAGAAUGCCAGGAGGAAAAGGGAAUAUGACAAGCUAAUGAAGGAAGUAGAAGAAAUAAAAGCUGGCAAGAGAGAGCAUAUCAAAGCUUUGAGGAAUCAAUUUUGGAAACUGUUAGCAAUGAAUAAAGAACUACCGGUGCAUAUGCAGUUUCAACGGACAGAUUUCAACAUUGAUGCCAUAAUUCAUGCGGAAAUCAAUAAGAAAACAAUUUUCAAAAUUCAGCAAGUGGAAAAGGAAUUAGCUUGGGAAAAACAGAAAUAUGAACUCGGCCUGAAGAAGCUCCAGAACAGAUUUCAUGAUCCACUGGAAAGUGAUACUGUUGUGGUUUAUGCUAUCCAGAGUGAACACCAGAUAGCAUCCUACAGACUGGUGAAGCCCUCUAAGUAUUCCAAAUUAAAACGACCAAGUCAGUCGGAGAGGAGACCGAGCAAACUGGAGAGGUUUGAAAAGGAAGGACCCGGAAGGAAGGAGAGCAUAAAAGAAACAGGUGGAAGUGUUUCCCUACAAGAAGAAUCAAUAAUAGAAAAAGGGAAGCAAUUUCGGCCUAGAACCCUAAGUGAAAUCAUGGUAGGAAAUCAAAUCGAGAAAAUAAAGAAAGUUAUACAAAAAGCUGAACGGGCCCAAAACAAGAUUCUGCAGCGUAAAAAGGAGUGGGAUGAACUUUACAAGAGCAAGCCUGAUGAUGACUACGAAGACCCCAAAGAUGUUCAAGCCAUCAGAGAAGCCCAAAUGUUCAUGGGGGAUUUCAAUCUGAAGACAGCCCCAGACUACAAGAUACCUGAGCACAUGAGGAUAAAUGCCGCCAAGAAGGAGGAGGAACUGGGGUACCUUGACACAAUGGCCCAUGGAAAGAAGAAGUACAUGAACAAGUGCAUCCUUUCCCUUCGAGAUCUUAAGUUGGCUGUCAUUGAGGAAAUCCAGUGUCUGGUACAAGAACUGAAGAACCUUCAGAUGUCCAUCCCCACGUCCAAGCACAUUUCCAUUCCUCAGAUCCCGCAGAUGUAUCCAGAAGAAGUCCCAGAAAGGAGAUUUCAAUAUGAUGAGGAAACACUCUUGAGAUUUAAGAGAAAGCAACAGAAACGUCAGGAUGAAAAGACAGAUAGCAAACAGACAGGAUCUACUAGCACAGGCGGAGGAGGGUUAGGGUUCCUCAAAAUGCCACCUGGAAAGGAAGGAGAUGUGACAACACGAGACUCCCUGUCUAGGUCAUCCAAGGUAUCAACGUUCAUCAUGGAGCUUCCAAAGUCAUCAGAGUUUGAAAAGGCAGAGCCGAGUGAUGUGGAGGUGGAGAUUAUGAAGAGAGAUGAGGUCAAACAUUUGUACAUGCAACAGUAUUUGUGCAACAGGAUCAAGGAACUGAUUGUCACUUUUGAUGCAGAACUCCAUCUUCUGAGACACCGGAAACUGAAGCUAGAUACUAAGAUGAAAUUAUCCGACCUACACCAUGUCACAUUAUUUCAAGAAAUGCUUCUCCUCAAGAAUUUUGAAAAACAGGAAAAUAUUCUUCAAGAGCGUGUUAAUUCCUUAGACAAAGAGGAGCAAGACCUGCAGUGGAAAAUAAAUGAAACUCUGAAAGAGAUGGAAGAGAAAAAGAACGAAAUCACCAAGCUCCAGGAGCAGGAAAAGGCUCUCUAUGCCGGGUUCCAGUCGGCCCUUGGAGAAAAUAAUAAAUUUGCAAACUUCCUCAUGAAAGUCCUGAAGAAGAAGAUUAAGCGAGCAAAGAAAAAGGAAGUUGAAGGCGACGCUGAUGAAGAUGAAGAGAGCGAGGAAUCCAGCGAAGAGGAGUCCAGCCUGGAGAGUGAUGAGGAUGCAUCGGGAUCUGAAGACGAUGUUUUUGAUGACUCCAUCUGCCCAACCAACUGUGAUGCGAAUCUGUUUGAACUGGCCCUCCAACUUCGAGAGAAAAGGCUAGACAUUGAGGAAGCCUUAGUGGAAGAAAAGAAAAUUGUUGACAACCUGAAAAAAGAAUAUGAUACAUGCUCCAAAAAAGUCAAAGUAGUGGCGACAAAUCUGAAUGCAGCCGAGGAGGCCCUGGAGGCUUAUCAGCGAGAGAAACAGCAGAGGCUGAACGAGCUGCUGGUUGUCAUCCCUCUCAAGCUUCACCAGAUAGAGUAUGUGAUAUUUGGGGAGGUUCCUAAUGACCUUUCUGGAACCUUGGUCUUCUCUAAUCACUCCCUGGGGCGGCUGCAAGAGCGAAUCAUAAAGCUCCAGGAGGAAAACGCCAAGCAGCAGAAACUUAACAGAGAAUGCAGGGAGAGGCGGAAGGUUCUCAUCCGGGAGAAGAGAGAGAUGGCGAAAACCAUCCAUAAAAUGGAAGAAACAGUCCGAGAGCUGAUGAUCAGCAAGUUCGGCCGAGUGAUCGAUCUGGAAGCCCUCCAGACCCUCUCUGUGAACACAACACUCGAAGAACUGAAGAUCAAAAAGCUUCGAAAGGAACUAUCAAAUGCCAAGGAACUAAGGAUGUGGGAGGAAAAGAUCGCCCAGGUGCGCUGGGAGCUAAUGAUGAAGACAAAAGAACACACCAAGAAGCUUCACCAGAUGAAUGAUCUGUGCAUCGAGAAGAAGAAACUUGAUUCCAGAUUGAACACACUCCAGAACCAGCAGGGAAAUGCCUUCCAGGGCCCUCGGAAAGCAGAUACACUGGCAAGACAGAGGGUCACCGAGCUGGUCGAAAGCCAAUCAGAAAAGAUCUCGGCUUUGAAGGAGGAGAUUGCCCUUCUUCGGAAGAAAGGGGGGCUCAUCCUCCCGCCCAUCACAUCCACGCAGGAGAACGAAAUGAAGUCCAUGGAUGCUUAAACUCUCUGUCUUUUCUCAUUUCCCACUCAAGAGCUGUGGCAGAACUCACCAGGUCUACUUCCUAUCACCCACAACAAUCCUCUCAUUUAAAGGGAACCAUAGGGAGAGCAUAAAAAAGCACCCUGUUAUGUGAAUUAACACUAUUUUUUCCAUGUUAGACAUAACUGUGACAUUUGACAUGUAAUUAUGGCUGUGUGAAGACAGGAUAGACGUCUACAGCCCAAGUUGGGUAAUGAAGAAGGUUAAAUCUCAUAAUUUAAGAAAGCAGCUGUUAUAUAUUGUGUUCUCAGAAUCAUCUGUUUUUCUGGUAUUCUGAAUAUUUAGCCAUUGGCAAGAAAAACUAUUAUUCAGCAAUCAGUGAGAAAACUUCCUUUUCUUAGUCCUUGGAUCUUUAGAAAAUAAACUGUUUGUGUUAAA